AUGUCCUCUCCAUACUGGAUCCAGACUGAAGACUGGCACACCGCAGGCGAGCCCUUCCGCAUCGUCGCCGAGCUCCCCAUAAACGCACUUCCCAAUGCUCCCUCUGUGGCGGAACGCCGCCUCACGAUACUCAAGAACCCCGACCAUCCUCUCAACAUUCUCCGCCAGCAACUAUGCCUGGAGCCUCGAGGUCACUCGGACAUGUACGGAGGCUUCAUCACCCCGCCCAACGACUCCGGCGCGCACUUUGGUGUGCUCUUCUGGAACGCUGAGGGAUUCUCCACCGCGUGUGGCCAUGGGACGAUCGCGCUGGGGUACUGGGCCGUCACGAAAGGGCUGGUAGAGGCUCCACAGGGGGCGGAUGGGACUGUAGAUGUUGUUGUCGAUGUCCCAUCUGGCCGGGUUGUUGCUAAUGUUUUUGUCAAGGAUGGGAAACCUGUCCAUGCGGACUUUGUCAACGUGGCCAGUUACCAGCUAGAGAAGGGGUUGUCGGUGGAUGUCCCCUCGCGGGGCGUCAGUAUCAUUGCCGGCUUGGCUUUUGGUGGCGCAGUCUACGCCACUGUCGACGCAGCUCAACUCGGCCUGAGGGUCGAGCCGAAGAAUGCAAAUGAGUUUGUUGCGCUGGGAAGGGAGGUCAAAAAAGCCCUGGGUGCAAGGGCCUGUUACGAUCGAUCGAUCUCCCUGUGGCUCUGGGACUUGUGCAAGGCUGGCGAUGCUGUUAGCUGA